AUGAGAACCCUCCAGGCAGGCAGCACACUUCAUUUAGCCUGCCGCAGUGGUCUUUCGGGCGGGGCCACCAGUGUGUAUAAGAGGACAGAAAUCAUCCGACGAAUGGACAUUCACACGUGGACCUGUUCACGUCUUGUGCUCCUCCCGCCUCCUCUCUCUUUACGACCUCGCCACUUCUGCAUCCACCCAUCCAUGCAGAGUUCUGCCCUUUUCCGCGGGCUGCUGGUGGUCAGUCUGCUGGUCCUCUUGUGUCACAGCCAGACGUCCCAGGAAGUGUCUGUUGAGGACUUGGAAGGAGACAAAGACGAACCAGGAACAGACCGUGAUUUGGUCGAAGCACUGGACGUUUUGCUCAGCAGGAUGCAUAAUCAGAUUUCCACAGAGAAGAGAGGCAGCAUCCCUCUGUGUGGAAUGGGCGACCGGUGUGCCAUGAAGUUCGGGCCGCGAAUUGGAAAGCUCUGCGACUGCGGCAGAGGAGCCAACUGCAAUUCCUACCUGCUCAAGUGCAUCUGAACCACUCUUAAUUUGAAAAUCAAGUUUGCAGGAAGAAUGUGCACAUUUUUAAAACAAAAAAUCUUCUUUCUGUUGUCGGCCUGCAGUGCCAGCAUGAUUUGAUGGUGUGUACCCUCCAGGUUGUAGCAUGAAAGGUUCAGAUUCAAUAAAGAAAUUCAUCAACAUUUUA